AUGUUUAAUUCAUCGGCCAUUGUUAAUUAUUUAAAUAUGAAUUAUGUUGUUUGGACAUUGGAAGCUAUUUCCAAUUCGGAUAUUCAUACGCUAGAAAAUAUUUGGGAAGAAGUGUUUUCUGCUCGAUUCACUGAUAAAUUUUCAAUUGAAAAAUGUCCUUCUCUUAUUGGAAUUACGAGAAAAUAUGAAUACGAAACAAAUGAAUUAACAGUAUCUAAAUAUCAAUAUGAAACAUUAGUUAAAGCUAAUGUUUCGGCACGUACUAAAAUGAUUGUUAAUCACGACAUUUUAUUCAAUGAAUUGACUAUUUUCAAAGAGAAAUUCGAUGAAAAUGAACAAAAUUUAUCAUUUAAUUUCGUUAAAAAAACUGGUCUUUGUUGGGACGUUAUAUUUGAAAUAGCUCGAUAUCUCUCAAUAAAUGAUGCGAUUUCCGCAUUUUCGAUUCGUAUUCUUUUUCUAUUACAAAAUAAUAUUCAAUCAAAAUUUCAAUUAUCCAUUCCCUUUGGUCAAUUUAUUAAAAUAAUUCUUCCAAAAAUCAAUAAUGAAAAAAUUAUUUCAUUACAAUUGAAA